CAGUCAACUAUCAAUAUGGCGCCACGAGCCUCCGUUGACUUCAUCACCGCUCAGGAGCCUGCUACGCUGUCGCGUCUUCACGGAAUGCUGUUGACCUGGGACCCUAUGCUGCUUGAAACUUUCAUCAAAGCAGCCAACAACGACGUCCCGGUCGAGCAUCCGGAUCUCGAGCUAUCGCGGUGGCUCACGGAGCCUCGUGGAAGCCUCACAGCGCAAGGUUUUGUCCAUGACACAAUGACGUAUCUCGCAGAGUCGUCCGGUGGCUAUCGUGGCACCACCAUGUCGCCACUCACACCCAUGCAGUCGAAUCGUCUCUCCAGGAGAAUGGGACAGAUUGAGAUGGACAGAUUUGUUCAAGCCUGCGCUAAGAAACUACCCGAAGGCUCAUGUCUUGUCUCCGGAACGCUCUUCUUCCAAGACCCCAACACGGAUGGAGUUCCGACAAAUCUGCCGAGUCCACCACCACCUCACCGACAAAUAUUCGUGUAGUUUUAACUGAACACGCAAAAAAAGAGUACAAGAAGCGUACAACGUUUGUAAAAUAAGCUGUA